UUCAUCCUUAUAUGCUUCAUCACCUUGUUCCUAUCCACUGGACUCCCACCUCUCCCUUGCUAUCUGCUUCAAGUUGAAACUGCCAUGGCCUUGGCAAACCCCACCAACGGCACCUUGCUUUUCUUCUGCUUCCUUUUCUCCUCCAUCGUAAUGUGCGCUCUCUGCCGACCAGAUCCUGGAGGAGUAUUUUCUCACUCGAGUUUUCCACCGCUAAAGAGGGGCAGUCAAUCACCGAGCAUAACAAACGAAGAAGGAUCCUGGAGAUGGAGGGAUGCAAGCGGAAGGAGGCUGCUGAUAGGCUCCACGGCUCCAAUUUGCACUUACAACGAGUGCAGAGGUUGUCGAUUCAAGUGCAGCGCCGAGCAGGUUCCGGUGGACGCCGGCGACCCCAUGAACAGCGCCUACCAUUACAGAUGCGUGUGCCACAGGUGAUGCAGCUACCGAAAGUUCAGACGAGUUUUGGAUGGUACAACUCAAACGAGACUGUAGUUGGCUUUUCUUGUCCAUGUACUUGUUCAUCAGGAUCGAGGAUCUCCAUCUCGGAGUGUUCUUCUUCACUUUGCUGCUCCAUGAUUUUUCAUGUUCUCAUAUUCCAUGGUGUUGAUAGUAUGGUAAUUGAUAUCAGCAUUUGGUCUU